CACCAAAAACAGAACUAUAAUGUAUACGCAACGUAUGUUUGAUAUGUGGAACAGUGUCACAUCCAAGCUGGAAGCACACGCAAACACUUUGGGCCAGAGUAAUGUACAAUCGCCAGGACAAAACAACUCAAGUGGAUCGAUAAAAGCUCAAAUUGAAAUUAUCCCCUGCAAAGUUUGUGGAGACAAGUCAUCGGGUGUUCAUUACGGAGUCAUAACAUGUGAGGGCUGCAAAGGUUUCUUUCGACGCUCGCAGAGUUCUGUUGUGAAUUAUCAGUGUCCCCGUAACAAGCAAUGCGUUGUCGAUCGUGUUAACCGCAAUCGGUGUCAAUAUUGUAGACUGCAAAAGUGCCUCAAAUUGGGAAUGAGCAGAGAUGCUGUAAAAUUUGGUAGAAUGUCUAAGAAACAAAGAGAAAAGGUCGAGGAUGAGGUGAGAUUUCAUCGAGCCCAGAUGCGAGCACAGAGUGAUGCCGCGCCCGACAGUUCGGUAUUUGAUACACAAACGCCAUCGAGUAGCGAUCAACUACAUCACAGUUACAAUGGAUAUGGCUACUCAAGCAAUGAAGUCAGCUAUGGCAGUCCGUAUGGCUAUUCAGCGUCGGUGACGCCUCAGCAGACAAUGGCCUAUGAUAUUUCAGCCGACUAUGUGGACAGUACCACAUACGAGCCACGAAGUACAAUGAUGGAUCCCGAAUUUAUCAGUCAUGCAGAUGGCGACAUUAACGACGUUCUCAUUAAGACCUUGGCGGAAGCGCAUGCGAAUACCAAUACCAAACUGGAGGUGGUGCAUGAAAUGUUUAGAAAACCCCAGGAUAUCUCAAGAAUACUUUACUAUAAGAAUCUGGGCCAACAGGAACUGUGGCUGGACUGUGCGGAAAAGCUAACUCAAAUGAUACAAAACAUCAUCGAAUUUGCCAAAUUGAUACCAGGCUUCAUGCGUCUAAGUCAGGAUGAUCAGAUUCUUUUGCUGAAGACCGGAUCAUUUGAGCUGGCGAUUGUGCGGAUGUCGCGUCUAUUGGAUCUCUCACAGAAUGCGGUCCUGUAUGGCGAUGUAAUGCUGCCGCAAGAAGCCUUCUACACAUCCGACUCUGAGGAAAUGCGCCUGGUGUCGCGAAUUUUCCAAACGGCUAAGUCCAUAGCCGAACUAAAACUGACUGAAACUGAAUUGGCUCUGUAUCAAAGUCUGGUCCUGCUCUGGCCAGAACGCAAUGGUGUGCGUGGCAACACGGAAAUCCAGAGGCUUUUCAACUUAAGUAUGAAUGCAAUAAGGCAGGAGCUUGAGGCCAAUCAUGCACCUCUCAAGGGCGAUGUGACGGUUCUUGAUACAUUACUCAAUAAUAUUCCCAAUUUCCGUGACAUCUCCAUACUGCAUAUGGAGGCCCUGAGUAAAUUCAAGCAACAGCAUCCGAGCGUUGUGUUCCCUGCCCUAUACAAGGAACUCUUUUCCAUAGACUCACCCCAGGAUCUCACAUAACAGCAACAGGUGUACGAAGAUACCACCACUGCAGCAACCACAACAACAACAUCAGCAAACAACAGCAGCCUAGCAGCAGCAGCCGAAUCUGUAUCAGCAGCAACAGCAUCCACAGCUCUCAUAGAUGUCCCGCAGACGUCACUGACGGAACACCACGCCUCGUUGGCCACAGCCACAGCCACAACACAGCAACAGCAGUCUUAACAACGUCAUAGGUCUUAGAAGGCGACGCCACCAUCAACACCAUCGACGACAUUGGCAACAGGAAAUUCUACAUUUCCAUAGCAAAAACAAACAACAACAGCUCAUUUGAUCGAUAAUGGUAGCCCGUUAUUACACACCGACAGACAGACACACAGACACACACAUGCAUACACAUACUUCCACACCGUGUCCGGUGGUUCCCCCGCAACACCACAACACCACAACACCACCACACAGCCACAACUGCUCUUCUAAGACCGACCAAUCCACACCGCUUUCGGUACCCCACUCUCUGCCUUUCAUUCUCUUUUUUGCCCCCUGAUUAGCAGCCAAAACUUGACCUCCAGCUAGAUAGUCUCGAAUAAAAAACCUUUGAAAAGGCCGGAGGUCAUUUUCCAAACCAACAAGCCCAAAUGCCGCCAGUGCCCGCCUUUAUUUUAGAUCACGCAUGUCACGCCAUUUCCCAAAUUCUACACAGACUGAUGAGAUGAUACAUUCCUUCCUGCCUCCUUGGAAGUCUAGACGAAAAGGGACGCACGGCUUGCACCUGGUUACGUUGAAGUUCCUCAAUAUUGCAAACACAAAAAUCUUUCAGGCGCAAAGGCACCUUUCCCACUGCUGAGGCCCAAUCCUUUGACCCACUCACAGUCAAUGACGAUGAGCAAUGACGCCUGUGAAGUGGUAGUGGGCGGCAUAGUAGUGGCCCAUGAUCAAAUCAAAAAUGUACUUAAAAUUUUCCGAUUGCCAGAGAAGGAUGACCAUAUUUGAAAUAAAAAACGUAGUUAAAAUUUCUUUGUUGUUAUUAACAAAGUUCUGUUAGAAGUUUUGAGCGGGGGAGAAUGAGAAUGGGUUGGAUAUGAGAUGCCAUUUUGUGAUGGCAUCAAGGCUGUUGCAGCUGAGCAGAUUUUUACCCCAAUGACGCAUCUUUCCAAGCGGCUUGCGGACAGUUUGAGUUGUUUUUUCUCCUUUCUUUUCUUCACCUCGGCAUUAAAUGCAUCCACAAUGAAACUUCACACACAUUCACUGAUACGCCACACACACACACACACACACCACACCACGUCACACGCCCACAUGCAAACAACAAACGAACAUGCAUACAUUUAUUUACCAAUCUAAGCAAAAAAAAAAACAACAACAAAAAUUGUGAAAGGGAUACAACAUCAACAACAACCAACAAAAAACGUUAAAAUUUAGAAUUUUAGAAGUAAAUUUUUUCCAAGAGACUUUUGUGUUCUUCUUAUUUCUCUUUUGUUUUUAUUUUUCAUUGAUUAUUGCUGUUUUUAGUUUCAUUUUUACAUUACAUUUUUGGCCUUAAUACAAAAAACAACAAAAAACAAG